GUCACCCGAUCGUCCACUGACGGUCAGGACAGAAACCGGUAUUGCAUGUUCGACGUUCUGUUUAAUAGCUGACAUUUGAGCGAGCAGCUGCACUGACAUCAAGAUGACGUCCAACAAGGAGACCCGUGGACAGCAGAUGGAGACCAACGCGAUGACCCUGACCCGCUGGGUGCUGCAGGAGCAGCGCAAGCACCCGGGGGCGACCGGCGAUCUCACCCAACUUCUCAACGCGAUCUGCACGGCCAUCAAGGCCAUAAGUACCGCCGUCAGGAAGGCGGGAAUCGCCAAACUGUAUGGCAUCUCCGGUGACAUCAACGUGACAGGAGACGAGCAGAAGAAACUGGACGUCCUGUCCGAUGACCUGUUUGUCAACAUGAUGAAGGCAUCCUUUAUGACCUGUGUGCUGGUCACAGAGGAGCGGCCUAAUGCCAUAAUUGUGGAAGCAGAGAAUCGGGGCAAAUACAUCGUCUGCUUCGAUCCGCUGGAUGGGUCGUCCAACAUCGACUGUCUGGGCUCCAUAGGAUCCAUCUUUGCCAUCUACAGAAAGGACACAGAAGGUGAACCCACGGUGCAAGAUGCUCUCCAGCCCGGGAACAGGAUUGUAGCGUCAGGGUACGCCCUGUACGGCAGCGCCACCAUGAUCGUCCUGGCCAUCGGACAUAACAGCGGCGUUCACGGCUUCAUGUUGGAUCCGGCAAUUGGAGAGUUCAUUCUGUCUGAACCCAACAUCCGUAUCAAACCUCGGUAUGAGAUCUACAGCAUCAACGAGGGCUACACACAGUACUGGGACGAGGCAAUCAAGGAGUACGUGCAGAAGAAGAAGUUUCCAGAGGCUGGGAAGCCUUAUGGAUCCCGUUACAUCGGAUCCAUGGUGGCGGAUGUACACCGGACACUUGUCUACGGAGGAAUCUUCAUGUACCCUGCACACAAGAAGGCACCAAAGGGCAAGCUCCGUCUGAUGUAUGAAUGCAACCCCAUGGCAUUCAUCAUAGAGCAGGCAGGGGGCCUCGCUACAACAGGGGAGGGGCGUAUUCUGGACGUGGUUCCCACCGACAUCCACCAGCGCUGCCCCGUGUUCCUGGGCUCACCCGAGGACGUCAAGGAACUUCUACAGAUCAUGGAGAAGCACAAGAAGUGAGGAGGUCACUGCUACUACAUGGGAACAUCUAAAGAUGUGUUGUUGUCAAGCAGAGAUUAUCAUAAACUAGGCCCUAUGGAGCAAGUACAUUCAAGUGGAAAGGACAAAAUCUACUUUCAGAACACCUUUUUUUCUCAAAAAGAAUACUGCACAUGAGUACUGAAGAUGUGAGGCAUGGCAUUUACUGAAGUUAACUACAUGUAUAUGAA